AUGGCUCGUCAAUUGUUCGUUCUCUUAGCCUUCACAACACUUUUGUUCGUCUCAAUGUGUUCCGUUUCCUUAGCAACCGACACUUCGGCCAUGGAUUUCGUCCAGAAAAUCUGCAAUGACGCUUCAUAUGACACCCUUUGCUUAGAUACCCUCGUCCCAAAAGCCAGCAAUAUAAGUGGUAACCCCAAAAGUGCAACCCGUUUUGCAAUCCAGGCCACAAUAUCGGAGGUCCAAUCUGUGUCAAGUAGUUUCAUAAACCUAUCAGAACACCCUGAAGAAUGGACUAACGAAGUCAAGACCCUUCAAAGAUGUGGUACUACAAUAGCUUCAUCGGUGACACACUUGUUGGAUGCAUAUGAAUUGACCACCCACUUGGGCGGCGGAGGUAGGGCUGUCAAGGUGUCGAAGAGGGCAAGUAUGGCCAACAGCGUAAAUUCAGUACUUAAUGCUAUGAAUACUUGCAUGAAUCAUCUCCAGACAUCGAGUGCUACAGACUCACAGAUUACAAGAGUUGAAGAUAUUAUGGAACCACUUGCUGAACUUGCUACUAAUGCUAUUGAUAUCAUUAAACACAUGCCGUUUUAA